AUGAUGAUUCUUAGGAACUUGAAGAAGGUCUUCCAGAAGGGGGAAAGUCCAACCCCCCCGGACGACUUGGAGAAGCUCUUCUCAGAGAAAGAACCCAUCGUGAUCCCAUCCUCCAAGUCCGCCACCAAGUCCGCCGACGUCAAGAAGCGCUGGUUCUCAGAGAGGAAUGUACACAUCGUGAUCGGAGAGAAAGAAUCCAUCGCCGCCAAGACCGUGUCUCGCAUACGAAUCACGCUCCCCAGGAUCUUCGCGAUGACACCUGUCUGGAAGGACCACCGCAUCCAAUGGUGCCGCGACCCGGAGCAGGACGCCUGCCCGACAGUCUGCUGCCCGAAUUCCGUGCAGGUCAGCUACCAAAUGGCGCACAGCCAAAAACACGUCAAGGGGUGUGAGGCCGGGAAGGUUCGCCUGCCGACCGUCACGUUCCGCCAGUACCUAUCGGGGAGCGCGUGGAUGGAUGUGUCGGUCAGCCACGUCCGGGACGUGUGCGUACGCUGGACCGAGAAGGGGUAUACUCUCUUGCCUACUACGGCGUCGGCGGGGUGGGAGCUGGCCGAGAGCACACCCUUGGCGGAUGUGGAGUGCGUGGGCUGCAAGAUGACGAUUCAUCGCUACACGCAGCAUGUCUACACCAAGGUGACUGAGAAAAUGAAAUACUUCACGACUAUCUUUGUGCAUGAGGUGGUUGAUGCAGAUCCCUUCUUCGAUAAAUUCGAUUGA